CCCCAAAGCAGAAAGCACUGAAUACAGCAGAAAGGGCGGAACAAGGAACAAACGACCAGUAACGUAUUGUUUUGUUCCUCCUAAAGCCAUCCUCCCCACCCCAAGAAAAGGGAAGAGACAAAAGACAUUUCUGAGUAAGAGUACCUCUUAGCUCAGCCUAUACCUCUUUUUACAUGCUGCCAUGGCCUCCAGUCUAUAUACUGUUAUCACACUUCUCUGGACUCUUCAAGAUGGUGGUAAGAUCAUGUCUCUCUCUCUCCCCCCCUUUUUUUCCCUGUCUAAUCUCUCAUUUGUUCAGUCUGGGAAAGCCUUUUCACUAGUCUCUUAAAGCAGUAGUAUUUUCAACCAUUUCUGCUGUAUAUGAUCACCUCUCCCUUUCUCUGUCCUUCUCUCUCCUGUUCUCCAUCCACUUAUCUUUUAAACAAGAAAAAUAAGAAUAAAGCUGGUGCCAUUGGGGUGAUCUAUCUUAGAUUAGAUAGAGUGUGGCUUGUAUGUGGGUCCAAAUUUGUGGGUGUAAAAUUGAAUAAUAGUUUGUUUUUAUUCUCCUUCUCCCCAUUAACUGAUAAAUGCAAGCUUGCCCUGAGUGUUCUGAGUUGAAAGUUGGAAGGGGAAAUAUUAACGUUUUGUAAAUAAUGAAAUAAUAAAACCCACCGACUGAUGGUCAGUGCCUUAAGGCAAGUAGCCUUUUAACACUUUCCAGAACUGACAAAGCAAUCAAGCAUUAAUGGGUGUAGUGAGUGAAUGAGUUAUGUGAAUAUAGUGGUGGGUAGGGUUGCAGAAAGUAUUGCAGCACUUUCCCCCUCCCUCUCUCAUCAAACUUGAUGGGACUUUAGCUAACAAUCAGUGAUAUUCCAUGUAUAUAUUGCUUAUGUGCUCCAGAUGCUUCAUAUACAUUAUCAGUUUUAGUAAUUCUUAUAGCCUAGGGGUGGGAAAACUAUUUUUUAAGUCCUGAGGGCCAGAGAGAGUACACUGAAGGGUUGCAUUUGGCUCCUGGGCCUUAGGUUUGCCAUAACUAUUGUCUCUGGGCCAGAAGAGUUGAUUGUUACCACACUGACUGUCAGUAACAAGCAGUUUUCAAUGAAAAAAAAACACAUCUUAAUUAUGUUAAAAAUAGCCAGAAAUAUGUAAUAUCCAGUUUGGGGCUAUAGGGUUCACACUUUUAACCCAAAUUGCACUUGAGGGAUCAAUACAUCCAAAAUGUAUUAAAAUAACUUUGACCAGAGAAUGUACAAAAAUCAGUCAAGAUACCGGUAUGCAUGUUCCCCAAAACAUGUGGGAUAAGGACUAGAUAAUGUACAAAAUUCAAUCAGUGUUUGCACAUUUCCCAAAGCCCGUUGGAGCAUUUAUAUAUUGAUUGGGAAACAGGAACAAUUUCCUCUUCGUGGAUGAUGUGCACAUUCUCUAUAAGGCCUGGUGAAUGUGCACAAUGGCUGGUUGUUAUACACAUUAACCAGUAAUCUAGCAUUCCCCAUAAUACACACACACACACACACACACACACACACUACAAGGUUGACUGUGUGUUUGGGCUCAUGGGGAGAUCUUGCUUUUAAGAGGGAGUGGGGAUCCUAUGGGCAGGCUCUUGGAUUCCUGUUGGGUCCUGCUUAUGGGUUCAUCAACAGAAAUUAAUAAGCAAGCCAUACACAGCUAUUUAAUGUGUUUACACUGGUGAGAUAUCUUUUUUAAAAAAAUCAAAAUCACAAAGGUUCAUGUGAACCUCAUCACCAUCCAGCCUCACAGAGCAGUGGCAAAGACAAACAUUGAGCGCCCAUCCACUACUUUCAGCUUCCUGGAGCAUGAGACGAAAAUAGAUAAUAUGCUUUACGAAACAGCCAGUUUUGAAACACUCUCUCCCUGCUCCCAUUAUGUCUUUGUCAUUAAACUGUAUUGCAGAAUUGCUGCAAACUGAGUAAACUGGCCACUUCCGCCCAUCGCUUUCCACAUACCAGAAUUUCACAUGAACGGUAGUAAGUUGGGGGUGGAGGAAGAAGAGGAAGUCAGCGGCAGCAAAGAUGAUAAAUUCCCACAGCAUUCUGCUAAUGGACUCGGCGUAUCAUUUGAAACUUUCUAUUUCCAGUUCAGACAGCAGUUUUUAGAGUCAGCACAAUCCUCUUUCUGUACUCCAGCACUUCGCUGGGCAUCUUCCAGGUUGGGAAUACCCAGAAUUGAACUGGUAAUAUCUGAAUUAAUGGAACAGAGACAGCUGGCUCCCAGUUUGCCCUUGUGUGUAGGUUCUACAUAUGGCAGUAAGGCAUGGGGGGCAGAUCUUCAGCUCCUUGUCUAAAACUUUCUGUAGAAUAUUUAAUGUCAGCAUUCAGAUAUUUAAUUAGAAGUAAACAUUGCUACAGAUAUAGGCUUUGGUUCAUGCUUACUGGUCUACACGCUGUGGGGGAGAGUGAGUGUGCUCUCUGAAUGUAAAGCUAGGUGCCCUGUGAGCUGUCUUAGUCAAAAAGGCAACUAGAUUGUGGACUUGUGGUUAAGUCCACUAUCUUGUGGUGUUGACCAAUGGUAGAUGCACAUCUGGAGUAUUGUGUCCAGUUCAGGAAGCCACAAUUUAAGAAUGUUGAAAAGCUGGAACAUGUGCAGAGGAGGGCAACCAAGAUGAUCAAGGGCCUGAAAAUCAAGCCUGUUGAGGAAUGGUUGAGGGAAAUGGGUAUGUUUAGCCUAGAAAAGAGGAGACUGAGAUAUGACAGCCAUCUUCCAAUAUCUAAAGGGCUGUCACAUGGAGGACAGAGCAAGCUUGUUUUCUUUUGCUCUGGAGGCUAGGACCCAAACCAACGGCUUCAAGUUACAGGAAAUUAGAUUCCGACUAAACAUACAGAAGAGCUUUCUGACAAUAUGAGCUGUUCAGCAGUGGAAAAGACUCCCUUGGAAGAUGGUGUACUCUCCUUCCUUGGAAGUUUUUAAGCAGAGGUUGGAUGGCCGUCUGUCAUGUAUGAUCUAGUUAAGAUUCCUGCACUGCAGGGGGUUGGACUAGAAUGACCUUUCCAGCCCUAUGAUUCUAUGAUCUAACGGCAGAUUCCUGAGUCAUUUGCAGUAGAUUGGCCGGAAUUUCUGACUCCCAAUAGUUUAACAAGAGCAACAGCAGGAUGACUUUUUCCAUCUAAAUUAGACACCUUUACUGAAGUUUGCAUGAAAGGACUGAGCACUCAUAGAAUCAGAACUGUAGAGAUCCUAGUUGCCAGAGGAUCAUUUUGUCCAGCCUCCUGCAAUGCAGGAAUCUCAACUAAAGCAUCUGUGACAGGUGGUCAUCCAACCUCUACUUAAAAACCUCCAAGGAAGGAGAGUUCACCACCUCCUGAGGGGGUUCAAGUUCAGAUCCUGAAAACAAAUUGCUAGACACACAGUGUGUUCACCCUGUUCUUUAAUUCUAACUCUGUCUUUUGUACCUGUCUCCAGCUGGUGGAGCUUUGGAUUCUUGUAAAAAGCUAAGUAGAUCUGACAACCUGAAGUCCAUCCACCCGUGGUGUACACUCCUCUAUUGUCAGACUACUCAAUCUGUUGUCAUCUCACUCCAAUUCAGAUAUGGUAAUAUUUGCAUCCUUCUUACAGGCUGCUCUAGGCUAUGGGCAGCUGUUGCCAAAAUAUAGAUGACUGAGCAACUUUUCUCAAUCUUGAUAACUAAAAAAAUAACAUUUUCCUCAUCUACCAGGGACUCUCCACGUGUAUAAUGACCGUCUAAUCAAGAUUGCUUUUGCCAAUGAAGAAAUUAAUGCAAUCUGCAAAACAAACGUAAUGUAUAAACCAGAUUAUACAAAAUUCAUCCUUAGCUAUUAUCGGAUUGACUCGGAAAGCAAGGAGAUCACAGUCAUGCAAUCUCUACAGUCUGUGGAAAUUCCUCCCGGUCGUGAGAACAAGUCAGAGACAUUAAAUUAUCCAUUUAAAAUAAAGCCUUCUAUGCAUUCCUCUGUUUCUGGUACCUACUACUGCAAAGCUCUUUGGAUACUUAAAAACCAAGUAAGAAGGGGAAAUGGGACAUUUAUUCUUUUCAGAGGUAAGUUCUUGAAGGCAAGUGAGCGGUGGUGGGUUGAACAACAACUGGGGGUGGGGCAGGGGUGGUAAAUCUUGUGUAAAGGCAUUUAAAACUUUUGCUACCUUUAUCUGAAUGUAUACUAUAAGCAGACAAAUUACAAUGUCUAAUUGCAAACAAAUCACAACCCCUUAAAGACCAACUCAUUUAUUCUGAUGUAAGCUCUCAUGGACUAGCAAUUAGGUAUGAGACUUUGAGUUCCUUGAAGGAAAAAUGGGAUAGAGAUUUAAAACAAUGAGCCUUGGCUCCCAGUUACCGCUUAUCUGCAUGCUUGGUUUUCCUCAUUUUCUUGCAGAAAAAGGAUAUACAGAGCCCCCUCUUACCAUGUGGAUGUGCCUUAUAACCAUCACCAUUAUUUUGACUGUUGCAAGCAUCAUGGGAACUGUCCUGCUGUUCUGGAAGAGAGAGGCAAGUAAUUCUUACUUAACAUCGUGUUGCAUUUGCUACAAAAUGCAAAAAGUUUUGCAGCAUCAACCAUUCAGUCGUGCUGAAUGUUAAAGUCAGUUACAAAAUGCUUGGAACGAGGGCUUCUACUUGAUUAAAAAAAAAUCUACUUGAUUAAUCAAAUUUUAAUUUAUUAAGAUUGAGUUGAUUAAUCAAUUAAAUUUGCAUAUGUUUGCAUGUGGCUAACAUAAUAGUUCUGAAGAAAAAUGCAUUAUUUCUUUGUCUGUAGAAAGUGAGUAUACAGGCAUCAUCUUAUCAUCUUCAAGAGGGACCCUCCCCUCCUGUGGGAAACGGAUGUUCCCUACCAUCUGCAGUUUUAUAUACAUAGAAAUAUACGUGUACAUAUACAUAACAUUUUAACUCAUGUGAAAAAACAUUUAUUUAAUUAUGGAAGUGUUUCCUAAUCAGGAAUGCCUUUUUGGUCUAUGAAAAAAUGGUGUAUAAUAAAAGUACCUGAACUUUUACUUAAUUGAAGAUUGCAUCCCUGUUUGGAGCAGAAAUUGAUUAUGUGUUGGCUACUUGGCCAGCAAAAUGUGACAAAAUGUCUGCAGAUUUGAAGGUUGAUACUUAUAUUGUAUUAUUUAUUAAAUUUUGAACCUGCUCUUCCUCCCAAAGGAACCCAGGGUGGCAAACAUCAUACAACACAACACAAUAAAAUCAUAAUAAAAACAUAUUCAAAUCAUUUAAAAACAAUUGGAAACAUCAAAAACCACUAAGAACAUUUAAAAAAAAAAAAAGGAAAAUGGCCACAUGCCUCAUGGUUAAUUUCAAGGUUAUCAGGAGCAGUAUAUUUCGGCUAUUUAAAUGCUUGUGUGAACAGUAAUGUUUUAAAAUUCUUUUUUAAAGUUAAUAAGGAGGGCGAUGAAGGUAUCUCACCAGGCAGAACAUUCCAGAAAUGGGGAACAAGCACCAAGAAAGCCUUAUCACGUGUGAGCUCCAACUGGGCAGCACCCAGCACCACCAACAGAGCCUGCCAAUCAUAUGGCCUGAGUUGGUUGAUAUUGGGCAGACCCUCUUUUAGUUACUUGGGUCCCAAGCCAUUUAGGGCUUUAUAUGCUAGAAUUUACACCUCGAUUUGGGCCUGGUAACUCAAUGAUAAUUCAAAAGCAAGCGUGCACACCCAGUGCUAAUCCCAUUGACAACCUGGAAGGUGGAGAUGACUGACUCGCACUUCCAUUGCUUUGAAUGGGAUAUUAGAUUUCCCAUUGACCUCCAUCAAUAUGCCUACCAUAAGGAAGUUUUAGCUGCAAUGGACGGUCAGAUGCCCUUGUGCUUCUGUAAUAGUUCUGGGGCAUUGCCUCUGAACUCAAAGGUCAUUAUGUGGACAGUUCCUAAGCUUUGGUUUAUUAUUCACAUCACAAAGGGAUAGCUGUAUUCAAAAUCCUUUCAACUCCUUUGAAAGGUACAAGCUUUCUUCUUCCUAAUUCUUUACAUGUUGAAUUUAUGCUUUGCCAUUUAUUCCAAUUCAUCGUAUCCUCACGAAUUUGUGGUGUGGCCUCAGUGGAGACAGAUCAAGAAGUGCCCUGCUCAGAGGCCGGCCCCUCCACACACUUCAGGCAGCUCAGAACCUCCAGAGCCCUCAUAUGUUGUGAGUAUUACUGUAUAACAAGAAUGACUUUUUGUAGCAGCCCUAUUCAGAAGCCAUUAAGUGUAACAUGGUGGAGGCUCAGGGGGAUGAAUCCACUGCAAAGUUCUGCAGAGAGGGAGGUUUACCAUGUCUAGCUGUACGUGUGAAGGUUCCCUCUCUGUAGACCAGGGUUUCUCAAAUUGGUCGAUAUUGAACCCACCCCCUUCAGGGGUUGAAGGGACUAUCCAGCCAAUGGAAAAAGACCUAGGGGUCAAAAGGGGCCUGGAGUGGGAAAGAAAUGUAUGAGGUACAGUGUGAAAAAUUUAAUUAAGAAUUAUGAGCCUCAGAAAUAAAUGACAUGAGCAUGUACAGAGUGUACCUCCCUUGCUCUUCUGAACAACACUGAAAAAGGUUGAACACCAAAGAACAUGGUGACUUACAGUAAGACUCUAAUUCAUAAACCUGCAGCCCAAUAUUCACAUGUUUGCUAAAGCCCAUCAGGUUUCUCACUGGAGAGUAUGCUAUACAUACUAUUUUCACAGAAUCAUAGAAUUGUAGAGUUGGGACCCCAAGAGUCAUCUUGUCCAGCCCCUUGCAAUGCAGAAAUCUCAGCUAAAGCAUCCACGCUUAGCUAGUAGAUAAUCAUAAUGCUACUAGAUAAUUCUGCAAUGAUUAACACAUCAACUCUGUCAUUGAAAAGGAACUUCAUAUUCACUUUCUAUUACCAGGUCUUUUCUGUCAAUUCCAUCCCUUAAAAGAGGGAUAUAUGCUAUAUUACUUAGUAAGCAAUGGAGACGAAUAAAAGCAUCUUGGGCAUCUUGAAUAAAUGCUUCUUCAAAUUUGUUAUGUACUGUUGAAAGCUGAAGUGCUCUGAGCCACUGAAGAUAAAACAGUAGAAAGCCAUGCAGCUGUGCAGGAGGAAAAUUGCUCUUAUGACCUGGGUGGGAAAGAGGGUUGAGCAGAGAUUUGGGUUAGAUGCUUUUGGAAGUUGUAUUCUAUCCCUGACUAUUAGAUGCAUGAGCAGUAGGUUUUAAUUACGGUUUAUGGUUACCAGUCAAUUCAAGGGGUGGUUGUUAAAGGUAUCAUUUCAUCUUUCCUCUUGCUGUGAGAAAAGAUGCACAGGGCAUACUGUCAUUUGAUAUCAUGCUUUAAAAUAACAGCUGAGACUCAAAGAACAGAGAAGGAAACUUUUGUCUAGUUUUGUCAGGUCUGGGGUGUUGGAAACUGUCAGGAAAAAGCCAAGAGCUGUAAAUCACAAGUUAGGAACUGGACACAGUGAAUAUUGUCAUGCCCCAUGAAAAGUCCCAGCUAGAACAGGAAGCUUCUACAGGCCUUUCUAGUCAGGGGCCAUCAGUGGGCAGCCUGGGUGAAAGGAGGAACUUCAGGGCAAAAGCAGCUUUAGCUUCCCAGCAGGUGGGACUUAUUGGGGGGGAGGCUGUGGGGAGGUGGGCACAGUGCAAACAUAGCAGUGAGAACACCCAAAUGGCUGUUCUUACAAUACUAAAAAGGCCUUGGGUUGUUCCUCAAUUCACCUCUUUUCUCUCUUGGGGUUCACACCAUAUUUUUGCUAUUCUUUGCCUUCCCUACUUCUGUAAUAUCCCCCAGUCAUGUUGCUACCUACUGCAGUGGUGAGAUCAUCUUUAAUUUAGUUAAUUCACAUCCUCUGUCAGCUUAGGGUAGUGCUGGUGUAUUCAUGGCUGCAGUCCCACCUAAUAAAAAAACUUCCCGUCAAGCCUAAAUCCAGCUGACUGUUAUUUGGGGGUCCUUUCAUCUAUGCUCCGCCCCCCAAUUUUUCUCUCUUCCUGCCCUUUCCCAUCGCAGUCACAGAAGGAGAAUUGAUUCUUGGACAAUGCUGUGUGUUAUCAGUUUGUUUUGAAGUGAGUGGUGGGAAACAGAGUUUGACAAUUUGUUCUUUUCCUCUUGCUGCGUCACUGAGCCUUGCAAAUCCUGCACGUUCCCCGUUCUUCUGUUAAUGCCACCUGUCUUCCCGCAUGCUGAAGCUCCUCCCACCAUCCUGUUGCUAGGGGAACUGCCACCACGACCAUGGCAACCUGCCGUUACCAUAAACACACAUAAGUGCUGUUUUGGGUGCCUUUUUUAGAUAAGAGACUUAACAUCAAUACAUCUGACAUACAUAUUUAGUGGCAAGAUGUUUCAUCUCUUCGCUUGUGCUUAUUUGCAGACUCGGUUUCUCAGUUCUGGGUAUUCUGAGGCGCUGCCUGGGGGGUGUAAAGAGCAGACCCCCCCUUCUUCUCCAGCCUUUCUUAGUGAUAACUAGGAGGAGCCCAAGCAUGGCUAUUGCGUUCUUAAGGCAAUUGUUGGGAUUAAGCAUACGGUGGAGUAUUCUGCUGUAUUUCCAAAAGAUAAAAAAUUGGAUCAGCUAAUCCAUUUUUAUUUUAAUUACCUAAUCUUAAACACAUUUACCAGGGAGUAAAGCACUGCUGGGCAAUGGGAAAUGUACUUCCAGUGUAGAAUAGUGGUUAGAGAAUUGGACCUAGGACCUGGGAGACCAGGGUUCAAACCACCAUUUGGGCAUGAAGCUCACUGGGUGACUUUGGACCAGCCAGCGCCUCUCAGCCUAUCAUACCUCACAAGGUUGUUGUGGGGAUUAAAUGAGGAUGGGGAGAACCAUGUAUGCCACCUCGAGCAAAAGGUGGGAUAGAAAUUCUAUAAAUAAAGUAAGUAUUUCCUUGUAAAUAUGAACAGGAUUUUGUUGUUAUAUAGCGCUGUCUCAGUGUCAGGGAAUGAGUCAUUUUAGAUUUGAAUAUAUUUACAUGAAUCCCUUAUGUAGCAUAGUUAUUACAAAAAUUGAGUUUAUAGUCAAUGUCUCACACCAAAAUAUGCUGACAAUUCAUGACACUCCUGUGAGGCAGGGGAAAAGCAGAUUACAAGAUACAUGAGGUUCCUGGCUAAACAGAGUUUCAAACCCAAGUCUAACACUCUUAACUGUUAGGCUGCAAACAGCUAAUACGUAUAUAGGAAUGAUCUAGGGGUUAUUUCCCCUUCCAUGAGAAGUGACAAUUCAAGUUAAAACAAAUUAAACAAAUCCCAAUAUAACUUAAACCCUGUGCAGAAAAGACUCUUGUCAGAUUGUUUUCUUUUCCCUCAGACUUUAAUUCAAGGCUUGUAAUAUUAUAAAUGUUUGAAGCCUUGGUUUCUAGUGUUGGGCCAAGGAGUAGGACCUCAGCAAUUUUUGCUAGGUACCCAAACUGGUUAAUAAUGCAGAGCCAUUAUCAUGAAGAUUAUUCCCUUCUCAAUUUCCCCUAUCCUCACUUGGGAACCUUGGGGGAUGUAAAUAACUUAGGGCAAAACCGUGUGCACAUUUACCUGGGAUGAGAACAGUCUAUUAUUGAGAUCCCAACAUAGAAAUAUAAAACCAUUGGUAGGAAUUAUAAUUUAAUUUGUAUGUAUAGGAUAUUAUGAUUAACACGUGUCCUUCCCCUUCCUUCCUGCUUCAGGAAUUAGGACCCCGGGAACCCGAUGUCUAUUUUGCCAUUAAUAAAAGUACAGGUAGUCCAUUGCACAAAAAGGUGCCAGCAGUCAAGGUAAGUCUGAUACUUUUAUCCCCGUUCGCUUCUGGGUUGGCUGCUGUUACCGAAGCCAUAUGUGUGAUGGGAAUGCUAGCAAGAACAAACACAUUAUAAUCUGCAGAUCCUGGCUCACCCAACUCAGCCAAAUUACUUGUCACCAUCAGUGGUAUCUCCUGUCUGAAUCCUCGACUGACAGGGCAUGUGAGGUAUGCUUCCUGGUGUUCUGAACACUGCAUAGAUAACUUCUACAUGCUCAAGAUUAAGACAAGCCACUUCUAAUAAUACAUUUUAUCUGGGUCAUGUGUAUCCACUACUAAGGCAGAAGCAGCUCUUCAGGGUCAAUAAAGGACAAAGUCUACAGGUCAGGGGCUGCUUCUCAGCAUUGCACUUUAAAAGUUCCGUGUGCUUCCAGAUCAGCUUGUCAGGUAGACACUGUUGAUCCAGUUUUUCUGGAAUGGUUCAACAGUAGCUUCUUCCCAGCAGGGCAACCAGAGGGCAACUUUUAAUCUAAUUAAAAUAGUCCAUGACCAGGUCAACCUGAUAUAACUCUUUCAAAACUUGGGUUGCAUGUAUAUGUAACUAUCUUGAACCAAAGGCAUAACAUAAUGGUAUGACCAGACUAAGGGCAAGUCUGAAAAUGUAUCCAGAAGUGGUCAGACUUUAGGUUUGCACUAGAAGACUCAGAUUCACUAACCAGAAACAGGUGCAAAAUAGUGGCUAAGGAAGGUGGAUAUAGAUUUGAUGGGGAAAUUGCCUCUGAGGGCAUGUUCAGUACUGUACCAGAACUGGAGUUUACAGACAUUAUUGAUCACACACAAAUUUUGGGUAUCCCUCCCUCCCCGCAGCAUAUUUCCUGAUUUCAGCAGCCUAAUUUAGAAGGGGGAGAAAUGGUUUUGUUGCCACUAUGCUUAACCCAUUGGGAAUUUUGCUGAUCUGUAAAUCAUCUGGAGAUCUAUCUGUAAAUCCCAGUCUGGCUUCUGGCUGCCUGUGCUCUACUCUAUGGUGUUUCGGAUUUUUUAAAAGAAAAAUCUUGCCUCUCCAUUGUUGCAUAUGCAAUAAAUAAAAACCAUUGAAAAAUGGAGUCACAGAAAUCUCAAUGUCCAACGGGCGCAUACUUUGCCAAAACAGAACUCAUUGAAAGAAGAAGGGAGCAAGUGCUGAAGAAUUCACAUCAUCAAGGCUGCAAAAAAUCCAGUUAACCAACCACUACUGGUGCCUUUGAAAUGAGAAAGAAUGGAAAAAAUGAAAAGAGGGGGUGUACCUACAUUUGCACAUGCCCAGUGCCCAGAUAGUAUAGUCAAAUUAAUUCUGCUAAAGGUAAAGCAAAAUUGCACUGUUAGCAACCUGCACUAUAAAGAGAUUCUGGGUUAUUAUGUGUACUGUCACGUAUGCUAUGUACGGUGCCAGAAAAUGGAAAGAGAAUAUGGCAAUAUCUCCUAGAUCAGCCAAUCAUGAAAAGGUUUUCAAUCUUUUGGGUUUCACAGAACUCUUCAUCAGGCAAAUUGAGGGUUCAGACCAUUAAACAACAAUAUAAUUUAGACCCUUUUACUUUGAAUUAGCAAUGUGCUUUCUGUGUAUUAGAACACUAUAUAGUAAGAAUCUCCUGUAUCUCUUCCAAAAUAGAGCAUAUUUCAUUAUGAGCUAAUUCUUCUAACUCAAGUUAGAAAGGGAACAUUUGUACUUGACUGUCAUUUAUCUGGUGUCUUGUUUCUAUGCUUGGCUCUGAAAACAUAUAAAGGUUGCCAGCGCAUCUCUCUCUAGACAAGUCCAAUUGGAAUGCCAGCUGCUUAAUUUCCAGAUUAUGCCUAUAUUGCUCUUGGGGCCAAUUUGGAUUUUGGUUGUUCUCUGGAAAUAGCAGAUGUGGAGUCAAAUGCAACUCAGCAUACCCACAGAAAUAUAAUGUGUGAAUUAGAAUCGUGUGGAUUUCAUCCAUGCACUAAAAUGUGUUUCAGAGUACACACAUCAGAGUACAAGUGAGACCCAUUGUUGCUGGGUAUUAUGUCACUUUUUUGGUGGAUAUGCAGAAACAUGAGUGAUUCCCAUAUCUGCCAGAAGAAAGUAACCUCUGAAUUGCCACUUGCCAAUGUUAAGGUAAACAUAUGAAGCCAAACUGAUGACUUUGACAGGUUAGGCCUUCAAUGUUUUUUAAACUGAAGAAGGGAAUAGAAAAAAUGAACAACAACAAAAACAACAACAGUAUGGUAAAUACAGAACCUCCAUUAUUCUGUGUGAACGUCUACACACACUUCACUUCACUUCACUUCACUUCACUUCACUUCACUGUAUUCAUAGCAUUCAGUAUUACAUGCCACCCCCUUACCCAGGGCCUGUGUUUCCUGUGUUUCGAGCUCAUUAUCUCUAAAUCAGAACAAAUGGCAAUUCACUGAAAACCUGAAUUGCUGUUUGCUCCAAAUGAGUGCUAAAGAGUGGGUUUCCUUGGGGGAAAGCAGUAGGACAAGAGGAAUGUGGAUAAGCCCUAACUGCCUGAGGGUUUCUUUUUCACAUUGCUAUACCUUGUGAAGAUAUCCUGAACAGUUAAUGUUAGGGGUUUGUAACAUCCAUAUGAAGGUUCCCUUCUUGGGUGUCAUCCAGGUCCUCAUGGCCUCCCUAACAGACCUGCAGCUAUCCCAUGUAUGAGGUCCUGUUCCAUUGCUACUUAAACUUGGGUUGAAAAGUAAGAGGUGCAAGUUCUCACAGGAGCAUAGAAAACUUCCUUAUAGCAGGUCAGACUAUUUUCCCAUCAAGGUCAGUAUUAUCCGCUCUGAUUAGCAGCAUCUCCUCAGGAUCUCUGGAGGCGAUUUCCCCCAUCACCUGCUACCUGAUUUUAAACUGGAGUUGCCGGGGCCUGAACUUGGGACCUUGUAGAUGCAAAACACAUUCUCUGCUGCUGAGCUAUGGCCCUUUAUUACUUCUUGUGGAAUGCAUACCACAACAAGAUCUGUCAAGCUUGCUCUAUGUUCCGUUUUAGAAAGCUGGUGAAGACUUUAUUCUAGCAAGCUUAUGGGGGCAGUGGUUAAACCAUUUAAACUGUAAAUGUUUAAGUAUUAGCUAUUUUUUAAUCUGCACAUUUUAAUAUUUUAAGGUUCUUUUAAAAAAUUUAUUGUUUUAUUUCAUUUCAAUACCACUAUAUAUAAUCUCAAAGCAGUUUACAGCCUACAUAAAAACAUCAAAUAAAACAUUCCAGGAUCAAACACUCCAAAAGAAGCUCAAAUACAAAAUGUACAAAGCAACAUAAUUAACAGGAAACUAAAAUAUUAUCUUAAAUAUUUCAAAAUAAGACCUUACUAAAGGAGGUCAAAUAUAGAAUACGCAUUCAAAACAGGAUAAUUAGCAAGAGAAUAAAAUAUUAUUUUAAAUAUAGAACCUACCUGCUGCUGCCAGUGGUGAUUCAUGGUGGCCGAUGGCUGUAGGAAUGCAGUCUUGAUGGCCUGGGUCGACUCUACACUAAAUGACUUGGGUGCCAGCAGAACAAGCAAGGGGGUCUUCAAGUCUCCAUGUGCAACACUAAGUGCACACUUUGCAGCACACUUGGUACAUCACCAAGGUGCUGCCUAGGCAGCUCUAUAUACCUGGUGGAAAGGCAGACGAUUGCAGAGUCUCAGUCUGAUGGCAAUCACCUGGAACAGAGUGCAGCCACACCUCCUUUCCAACAAGCCCAAGCCCAGUUUUAACUGCUAUCUUGUUUUUAUGGGAUGGAUCCCUCUGCCAAUUGAAAGGGCUCUUUAUAUUCGUGGACAGGGUUCUUGUUAUGUACUGAGUUGAAUAGGAUCCAAACUGCAGCAGUCUGAUUGGUCCUAGAACAAUAGGAUUCAGAAUGCAGCAGUCUGAUUGGUCCUAGAACAAUGCAGCAGUAUGAUUGGUUGGCAGGAACCACCCAAUCAUGCUCCAGAUAUAAGUGAAUCCACAACCUGAUUGGCUUACAGUAGAAUUCCAGAAUUAGCCAAUCAUGUGCAGCCCAUUGUGUAAAUAAUGUAUAUAAAGCAGAUACUUUGGGGGGACUUGCAUUCAUUCCUCCUCACCACUAUGAGCUGAAUAAAGAGCAUGAAAUCACUUUGCGACUCUGAGUAUAUUUCAGUUCUGCUUCACUACCUGGAUGUUCCUGCAGAUGAAGGGGAGCACUGAAAGAUACUGCACUGCUCUUUUGAAUCAGUAAUGGUUGUAGCAAAUAAAUAUUUACUUCCUAUUAGGGCUGCAUCCAUGGCACGUCCUCCAGUUCAUCUAUUCCAGAGACUGAUUGUACCGUUAUAUAUGGGGUCCUCUUUUCCAGAACAUAAUGUUUUUUUAUCCCUCCCCUGCCAAUUUACAGGUGUCUCAACAGAAAAUGCAAGAAAUCACAGAUGUGUAUGAGAACAAUACAGCAGAUUUGUAUGAGAACAUCUAAGGAGAGAGAGCUAGACUGCACAGCCCUGCCUUUCUCCAGAGCUCAAAAGAAGGUUCUGAAUUCUCAACAUGGAACAAGCCAUACAUGUUAUAUAAAGCAAAAUGUUCUACUGAUGAAGAUACAGGUAAUAUUGAGACACAUGGAGCAGCCCAAUAUUGUUCCCAGAAAAUCCAGCUCUUUGAGACACAUGCUUUCUACUGAAGAGAAUGGGCUAAGAAAGUGGGAAUGGGAGCAUCAUGCAAGAAGAGAGAUUUGGGAGAAGAAAAGGGGAAUCUCCUGAGUUUGCUAUGAUUUUUUUUUAAAUUAUUUAUGAUUUUCAAUUAUAGACAUUUCACUAGUCUUACAAUCAUUCUAACUCUACUUCCCCCUCUUUCUGCGGUUCCUUAAAUUAAUUUUUUUACAUUUCUUACAUAUUCUAAAUUAACUUACUCAUUUAUUCAUCUACUUUAAAUAUAUACUCUUCUAAAAUUGCAUGUUAUUACAAUAAUCCUGCCAAUGUUCUUAUCUGUUUACAGUUUGUUUGUAGAUAUUCAAUAAACCAUGUCCAUUCUUUUAUUU